CUCUCUUUCAGGCUAUUGCAGAUUCUCGGGUCUCCUCCUCCUCCUGGGAUCUGGUCGCCUUUUUUUUUUUUUCUCUUUGCCUCCCUUCCGCCAUCCUCAGCGAUGGAAUUGUACAUAAUGGGACUUUCGUCGCCUCACUGUUGCGCCACGUCUCCGAUGCCAUGCACUCAAACAAGCCCCCUCGCCCUCAAGGCAACCAUGCGGUCUUUCGCGUCGUCCCCUAUCCCCGCACUCCCUCGGAGGCUUCAGACCAACAACCAGUCUCCUCAUCCGGCAUGAUGCUCUCCCCUUCGCCGGCAGCGAUGCAUAUCGCUCCCUUCGAGCCCUCGGCGGCCGUUUCCAAAGUCGCCAUCCCGCGGAUCUCGCAACUACGUACGUACGGUAAUCGUCGAGUGAAGCGAGCCUGCAUCGAGUGCAGGGAGCAAAAGACAAAGUGCAAUGGCCAUAAUCCGUGUGGUCGUUGUACCAGUAUGGGCAUGGAAUGUGUAUACGUGGAUGGGAAGCGGGAGGCGAUGGAAAAACGGUUGCAGGACCUGGAGAAGCAGGUUCAAGCAUACGAUCGGCUUCUCACUGAGAUUCAGCCGCAUCUUGACAGCCAGGAUAAGGAGCUCAUCAGCCGUACACGCGCUCAGUAUUCCAGUCCCGACCCCGACCAUGCAAAUCCCGACCAAGCGAACCACAGUUCAGCCCACAGCCAAACCCGCUCUUUCGGCAUCGAAUACAUCCAGGAGGAUUUCCACAAGGAUAAAGCGUUGCAAGCAAUUGGGUUCAUGGGUGGUCCUUCGGAGAUGUCGUGGAUCAACGAGUUGUACCAGGUCCUCGAGAAAGACACGCCGUUCCUUGACUCCGAAGUCUCAAAUAAAUCCCAGUCCUUAACCUCCGUCUGCUACUUCCUCGACGAUGAAGAGUUGGUCCUGGAUGCCAGCAUUGAUCCAUACGGUCGCCCACCCCGAGAUGUCGCCGAUAAGCUAUUAGAUUGCUAUUUCUUCACCGUUCAUCCGUCAUUCCCUAUCAUAGCCAAGAUUCCGUUUAUGCAGCAGUAUGAGAUGUACUAUACGCGACCGGACAUUCAUCCGACCAAGCGAUGGUUGACGAUUCUAAAUCUGGUCUUUGCGCUUGCAUCGAAAUUCGCCCAACUAGUCUCAAAACCGUGGAUCAGCGAGGCAGAGAGUCCGAUGGUUUGCUUUACUAGAGCGCGCAAGCUGAGCUUCACAGAAAGCCAGCUCCUCGAGCACCCUAAUCUUCAGCAGGUCCAGGUUGAAGGGCUGACGGCAUUCUUCCUAAUGGCUAUUGGCCAUAUAAACCGCUCCUGGAGAGCGUGUGGUGUCUCAGUCCGGUCUGCCAUUGCUCUGGGUGUCAAUCUCCGCAGUGAAAGCAAAGAGACGUCAAACUUGUCCAAAGAGAUCCGGUACCGGGUCUGGUGGUCAAUCUACACGUUAGAGAAUACUCUGGCCAUCAUGACAGGUCGGCCUACUAGUGCACCAGACAAGUUUAGCACGACACCGUUGCCAAUUCCGUUCGACGAAGAACAGUUCCGAGAGCCGGCAGCAUCGCGGUUGCUCACGGACUUUGCAGCCCGCACCGAGUAUAUGCUGGCAUUAAGCUCGCAGCGAAGAGCCAAUUCCUGGGACUCGCCAGGCUUGGGACGCGCCGUGCUCAUGCAAGAUGCGUUCCUGAGCCCGAUGGACAUUUCACCCAGCAAUUCUUUCUACUUUUUCUACUUUGUGGAUCUGACUGUGAUCAUGCGACGCGCUAUCGACUCGUUGUAUAGCCCUGGGUUCGCUCGACGGCCGUGGCUGACUAUCAGUGCAUCCAUCAUGGAUCUCGUUCAAGAGACGGACGAAUGGCUCAGCCGUAUUCCACCCGUGUUUCAAUUCAAAAUCCGCCAUCCGUCGACCCACUUUGAGCGCCAGCGAUGGAGUUUAGCAUUUCGCUAUUACAGUCUGCGCAUCACGCUCAGCCGGCCGUCUUUGUGUCGCUCGGAGAGACAGCGUGCGCCCAACGAAGCUUCGGCGCUCAGUCAACAGCGGAUUGCCCAUAUCUGUAUUGACUCUGCGUGUGAAUUGCUAGAUCUACUGCCCGACAAGCCCGACGCAUUCUGGCUGGUUCAGGUUUCCCCAUGGUGGUGUGUUUUGCAUUACCUCAUGCAGUCGGUCACUGUGCUCCUGAUCGAAAUGGAAUUCUGCGUACGGUUCCAUGCCGACGGUGCUUCUCACAUUACGCUGCAUUUAGAAAAGGGACUGGAUUGGUUGUAUAGUCUGGGAGCCAUCAGCGUCCCUGCAAGACGAGCUUGGGAGGUUUGCAACAGCAUUUACAAUCGCCUGUUCUUCGGGGCAGAACCUCAGUCUACGGUACUGCGGAUGCUCUCGCCAGAACAAGAUCUGCGGGCUUCGAUGACCGCCCAGCCGGUGAUUUCACCCAUUCAUGAGGCAGCUGAAUUUAUGGAGGGAGCUGCCUUUACCGAGCAGUACAUGAAGCUGCCGCAUAACAUGACUGUUCAUCCAGCUAUCGAGACGCCCUACGAUGAGAUUCCGCUCUACAAGAACCCGAGCUAGGUUACUGGUAAUUACUAUAAGCACGUCUGAGCCAUGUUGAUGUUGUCUAUACGGCCGUACUAUCUCACGAUGUCACGAUUUAGAAUUGGUCGUUCGCAUUCGCAAGAUGCAGUCUGCAUGCGGUCGCACGGUGGAUCAUUCUCGUCAGGUUCAAGCAAUCUUGGUACCUCCGACGAAACCGUCGCCGCCGAGUCCGAAUCCUUGCGACCACCCCUCACCGGAAUCCCUUGCCUCCUUGAUCUUCCAGAACAGGGAGCCCUGUCCUUUGAUUAGUCCUGUAUUUUAGCGAUCGGUGGAACAGAAUUAAUCUUACAUCAUAUACGCCCUGCAAAUCAUCCUUGUAUAUCUUCCCGUCCUUCUGGAUAAGUAGCCACGUCGUCACCCACUCAAAGAAUGCAGCUCCCCACUGUCUGUGUUAGCAUGCUGCGCGAAUGAUUCUAAGCGCGAGAGGUGGUUCGUACUCCGAAGGGAUCCGCCGCACACCGAUUCCCAUGCAUCAUAUCAAACAACUCGCGAAAGGUCAACGCCCCAUCAUGAUCGCGAUCAUACUUCGAAAACAUAUCCUCAAACGCCUGCGGCACAAACCGUCCCUCCGCAUCAAACGCCCCGCUAUCAGACCCGUGCUUCGCCUUGUAGAUGCUAUCGACGUACACGCGGAACCGCGGGUCUGGGACAAUGGAGUGUGCCAGCCGUGUCGGGUACGAGAAGUUGAGGUUGAUGAUCAAUACCGCGAGGAAGGAAAAGAGCAUGUUGAACCCGAGGUCCCGGAAACCCGUGUAGGUGUCGUACGGAUAGAUCUGGCCGUCCCGGUCGCGGUCCCAGAAGAGGAUGUGCUGUUGCAUGGGUGUCUAUCAAUAUCAGUUAGUACACAUUGGCUUCAGCUCGCGAGAGGCUAUAGACAAGAGAAGGGAAAGGGAAAGGGACUAUACAAAAUCGUGGAAAUCCUUCAUCGACGUCUUCGACUCGUCGCCGACGACGACAUUUGUCCGCGCGACGCCGGGGUUCUUGAUGUAUGAGUCGAUGUAUGUUGCUGGCAGGCGCUUGGAAGUCACGCUGCAGUUUUUAGCGGUUACUGAGAGGCGGUCUUUUUCGUUUUCUACCAUGGUGAUUGUCUUGUUCUGGUUCUUGCUGAUAGGCUCUGUUUGUAUUUCCAGACGAGUUCGUCUGGGGGUGUAGGUGGAUUUUAUAUAUCGAAUGAUAUCACCUUUGAGAGAACGCGAUGAGCUGGUUGACAUGUGAUUAUGGAGUAUUUCCG